AUGGAACCACAAGUGCCCAUCGAGGUGGAAAAGCCCUCGCCGGUAGCUCGCGCCGACUCGUAUGCCACCACCAGCAGUGAAGGAAGCCUUUUCUGGGCUAAAAAGGGGCAAACCUCCUGUCUCGUUCAACCAUCUACGUUGUCGCUCCCCGUGCCUGGACAAGAACCAAGUGUUACUGUCGUGUCGUUUAAGCCAAAUGACCCGUCCAACCCUUACAACUGGUCGACUCAAACCAAAACCCUCAUCCUCCUCGCCGCCACCCUGACAACAAGCAUAACCUUUGUCCCGUCCACUCUCCCCUCCAAUUUGAUCCCACCGAUAGCCGAAAUCUUUGGCGUUCCUGCGACGGGGCCCAACUCGGUCCUGCCCGCGUCCAUGUACCUGGCCGGGUUUGUGUUUGGCCCGCUCGUGUUCGCGCCGCUGAGCGAGGCGCCCCGUGUCGGACGCCGCUGGGCGCUGGUCGCGGGUGCGCUGGGGUUUCUGGUGUUUUCUAUCGCCGGGGCGGUUGUUAAUCCGGACGGGUCAGGGUGGGCGGCGUUCCUGGGGACGAGGUUUGGCCUGGGUGUGUUUGCGUCGCCGCCUGCGAGUGUCUUUGGAGGGGUGGUCGCGGAUUUGUUUGAGGGGGAGGUGUUGAGGGGGAGGGUUAUGAUGAUUUGGUCCGCGGCAACCUUUAUCGGUCCCCUAGCUGCGCCUAUCCUGGCGGGAUAUGCGAGUCCCGUGUUGGGGUGGCGGAAUGUCUUUUGGGUUGCGGCCAUUCUUGCGGCUGUUGGAUUGGCUACGACCUUGUUGCUCCCCGAGACACUGGCGUCGACAAUCCUGAGGAAAAAGGCGGCGAGGCUGAACAGAGAAGGCCAUGACAAAGCUAAGCGGUUCAUAGCUCCAUCAGACCUGGUUGAAGAGAAACCCUGGACUACGUAUAAAACGACGCUGGGGCGACCCUGGCGUCUACUCUUUUGCGAGAUGAUUAUUUCCAUCACGUGUGUGUACUUGGGCUUUGUCUACGCUGUGUUCUACAUGUUGGUACAGAUUUUCCCGGCCAUCUUCCGCGGUGUGUACGGGUUCAGUGCCGGCAUGUCGGGAAUCCUUUUCACGAUCAUGGGAUUUGGCACCUUUGUCGCCUGCUUCAUCCUAUGGUGGUACGACAGCCUUGCCCUGCGCCUGAGCGACAGACAUCCCGACAAAAGGGAAGAGUAUCUACGGCUUCCACUCGCCUGUGUCUCUGGGCCGGUAUUCGCUGUUUCCAUGCUGUGGCUGGGCUGGUCGUCACGGCCCGAAAUUCACUUCCUCGUGCCUCUGGCAUCUACCAUCCCCUACGGACUGACCUACCAUCUUAUCUUCAUGGCCAUGAUCAAUUAUGUCGUUGAUGCGUACGGUAUCUACUCGGCCUCGGCAUUGGCGGCGCUCAGUAUGACGCGGAGCCUGGCGGGAACCAUCAUUCCCCUGGCGGUUGAGGACAUGCUCGCGGCCCUGGGGAUUGCUUGGUCAUGCACCAUCCUGGCAGCUGUCAGUGCUGUUCUGGCCGUUGUCCCGUUUGGCUUCAUCGCGUACGGCGAGAAGAUACGCGCGGCCAGCCGGUUCAGCGCCGAGCUCAAGCCCGCGCUAGACCUGGAAGCGGGAGUCUUGUAG